AACCCAGCAGGAGCAGCAGAUGAGGGUUUGCAAACAGCUUCGAGUUCGACUAUCUGCAUAACCAGCUCGCGUCCUGCAAAAGACUGUUAUAAAGAAGGAUAUCGGGUGUUUUUUUUUUUUUUCUUCCCUGCGUUGAAGUGAAACUACAGGCCUGAGGGAGGAAAACUUUCCAUCCGAGUGUGGAAACAUUAUCGAACAUGGCUUUGACGUCUCGCUCCGUCAUGUUUUUUUCUUCACUCCAAGAAGAAGAGGAAAAAAGUGAAACGCGCUUAAAUUCGAGCAAGUCUUGUUAAAAGGGAAGAGCAGAGGACGGUUGGAUAGUUUUGAGUAUAAGGAUAAGUUUGGCCGUGUGUUCGGUUCGGCUCGGUUCGGUUCGGCUGUGCUGGGCUGGAGGCUCCGCGCGCUUCACUUUACCUCAGGGUUAUUUUGGUAUUUUUGUCGCGUGCCAGAUGUGCGCGAGACCGCGAUUAGCCUCGAUGCUAACCCUUUUUAAACCGUCGUCUCUCUGUUUGUUUGUUUGUUUGUUUGUUUGUAAACUCGUAACUCAUUUUGAAUUAAGUCUCAGGAUUGUUUGUUUUUCUCGCUGACCAGCUGUAUUUUUCGACAAAACAGGAAUAUUAAGGGCUGCUAUCCGGAGUGGGAGUUCAGGAAAGGACGCGGCUCCUCAGUGGGAACCAGGCCCCUCUCUCUCUCUCUCUCUCUCUCUCUCUGCACCUCCAGCCCCUCAGCCCCGACUCCAACACGCCAGCAGAAAUGCCUCCAUUUUCAGCUCGUUUUUCGGGGUGUCCUGUUUAAACCCCCCCGCUGUCACGACGGACACAUGAUGUGCGAUUCAGGUUGGUGAAAAUUCCUUCAAAAAAGAACCACGCUUUGUCGUUUCUGCCCUGUUUUGUUUUCCCCUCAGAAAUGCGGCCGUUCAUAGCGUGUUAUUUCCACCCGAGCUGGGGUAAACGCUAAAUAUGAGAACGCACACUUAUUUUACGGCGUUUCACACGGAAAGUGGAACGUGAAAUUCCGAUAGGAUUUCGUAAACGACCGUAUUUUUAAGCAAAGACAAAUGAUAAAAUGUUAAUUUUGGACAUGUUUUGAGAGGGUGUCUUAAACACAGGGAGGAGGAUGAGGAUGUGUUUUGAUGAGAAGGCCGGAGCGGAUUCAGGGCGCUCGAGCCUGGCGGAGGAAAAGCGCACGCGAAGUGCCUCAGCGCCACCGAGCCUGAUGGGAUCCGAGUGCUGACGUCAUCCACGCCUGGAUAAUGGACUGCUCAAGAGUCUGAGACGGUCCAUCUCACUCUCACACACACACACACACACACACGAGAGAGAGAGAGACCGGAAAGACGUCUGUUCUGUUCUGUUCUGUUCUGGGAUCAUUUUGGAUCUGUUUUUCUUUCCAUCGUCACUCAAGCCCCCUUCCUUCUCUUUCAUUUCCUUGAUUAUGUGACAGCCUUGUCAGCGAGCACUUGUUGUUGUCAUGGCAUCCCAACAACAUCAGCAGCAGUCGGUGAAAAACACCGAGGUGAGUUGUGACAGCGGAGGAGGAAGUGUCAAUGUCCGCAUCAGCGACGCCCACUCGCAGAAGCGGGUCUCUGUGGAGCAAGAGCCUUCGAGCUGGGGUGAAAGCGUGAGCGAGCAGGGCCCGACGGGAAGCGCCAAGCCGUCCAAGUACAGCAUCUCGUCCAGCUGCAGCUCGGGCGAAUCCGGGAUCCAGAGAACGGUGAUGAGCAGCCUGCGUGGCCAGCGGACGGUUCCGCAGCUCUUCGAGAGGUCAGCGGCGCAGUGCUGGGACCCCAAGUUCGACUCCGCUACGCUGGAGGAGGCGUGCAGGGAGAGGUGCUUCCCGCAGACGCAGAGGCACUUCCGCUAUGUCCUUUUUUACUUGGCUGUAGCCGCGCUACUUUGGGGCGUGUACUUUGGAGUCAACGGUUCCAGGUGUGAUCCUCCCAGCUUCUUGCUUCCGACAGCAACCUUCCUCGUCCUGUGUCUCCUCCUCCUUCUGUUCACCUUCUCACGACCCUACGUGUGGCUCUAUAACCAGGCCUCGCUGCUUCUGAUCGUCAUCACGAUUUGUAUCACUCUGGCGCCGCAGAUGCAGGCUUCUGGUUUCGCUGACAUCGAACGGCAGAAAGGCGACAAUCGGACACUAUCGCUGCAUCCUGAGCCAGCUCCGUGCAUCUCUCCUGUGGGGACGUUUUCUCUGUGCAUGGAAGUGCUGCUGUUGCUCUACAGCAUGCUCCACCUGCGGCUGUAUGCCUCGGUGCUACUGGGGCUCCUGUACUCUGUGCUUUUCGAGACGCUCGGGUGGCUACACCUGGUCCAGACUAGUCAAGACAUGAGAAAGGCGUCGUUGCUGUGGCUGGCGCCUGGAAAAGUACUUCUCCACCUGUGCGCUCAUGCAAUCGGCAUACAUCUGUUCAUCAUGUCAGAGGUGCGUUCGCGGAGCACGUUCCUGAAAGUGGGACAAGCCAUCAUGCAUGGGAAGGAGCUGGCGGUGGAGAAAGCACUGAAGGAGCGCAUGAUCCACUCGGUCAUGCCGAGCCGGGUGGCCGAUGAGCUGAUGAAGCAGGGCGACGAGGAGAGCGAGAGCUCCAGCAAACGCUACAGUGUCGGGACUGGUUCGGCUUCAGCAUCCGGUGCGGGUGCUUCGUCCUCCAGCCCCAAGAACAACAAGCGCAAGAAGACGUCGAUCCCGCGCGGCCAGAUCAUCUUCCGGCCGUUCAACAUGAAGCGUAUGGAGCCCGUUAGCAUCCUCUUCGCUGACAUUGUGGGCUUCACAAAGAUGAGCGCAAACAAAUCGGCGCCUGCCCUGGUGGGUUUGCUGAACGACCUGUUUGGCCGUUUCGACCGGCUGUGUGAGCUGACUGGCUGCGAGAAGAUCAGCACGCUGGGUGACUGCUAUUACUGCGUGGCGGGAUGCCCUGAGCCACGUGAGGACCACGCCUACUGCUGCGUGGAGAUGGGACUCGGGAUGAUCCAAGCCAUUGAACAGUUUUGCCAGGAGACCUCUGAGACGGUGGACAUGCGUGUAGGCGUGCACACGGGCACUGUGCUCUGUGGCAUCCUGGGAAUGAAGCGCUUCAAAUUUGAUGUCUGGUCCAAUGACGUUAACCUGGCUAACCUCAUGGAGCAGCUUGGUGUGGCUGGGAAGGUUCACCUGUCCGAGGCCACGGCGAGCUUUCUCGAUGAUCGCUACGAGAGAGAGGACGGCAGAGUGAUGGAGCGCGCCGGGCAGAGCGUCACCGAGCAGCUGAAAGGCUUAAAGACAUAUCUAAUCUCGGGGAAGAAGAUGGGCUCACAAUGUGGCUGUUCUCAGAACAGUCUGGGACAAGACUUGAGUGAAACGCCAAGACCCUCCCCUCACACACGCACUUCUGAACUUGCACACUCUGCAAUGGCUGACCAUGUUAAGACUCCAUGCAUGUCCUGUACUGUUGUAGUGGAGGCUGCUGGGAAUUUGCUGGCUGAUGAGACGACACAAAAUGGCUGCCAGGAUGAAUACAAAGCCAACAGCAGCAAGUUCCCGAAAGCGGUGAACGGGCUUCUCGGUCCGCUGUGUGAAGAGGCUGUCCGAUCGAGCCAGGCGUCCCUGUGCGAGAUGCUGCAAAAAGAGAGGAGUCUGGGGGCGGGGUCGACAGGAGGAGGUGGAGCCAUGGACCACUCAGCAUUAAUUCCACUCCGCAGUAAAGGGUUCAGGGAGAAGAGCGACGUGCACUUUGUGGAAGUCAUUAAAGAGGAGAGCUUGAUGAAAGAUUAUUUCUUUAAGCCGCCAAUCAACAAACUGAGCCUGAACUUCCUAGAGAAACCUCUGGAGUCUGCCUAUCGUAAAAACUACCAGCAGGAGGUGAUAAGCCACACCCCUGUGCAGACGUUUGCUAGCCCAGUGUUUAGCUCUCUCCUGGAUGUGAUGCUGUCAUGCGCUGUCUUCUUCGCCCUCACGUUUGCCUGCUUCCUCUAUCUGAUCGUGAACAUGGCGAUGCCUCCUGCCACCACAUUCGGCCUGGCGGUGACCGCCGCUGUACUCGAGCUUGUGUCUCUCAUCUUGUCCAUUCGUAUGACGUUCUACCUGGACAAUGUGUUCAGUUGCACUCAGUCACUUCUGAAGCUGGUGUCCAGCUGGGUGCCCCGUCAUGUUGUCGGCGCUGUGCUUGUGUCACUUCCUGCCAUCUCGGUUUUCUCACACCUGGCCUGCAGCCUCCACCUGCCCAUUCAGGUCACAAUGUUCCUGUGCAGUGCCAUCAUCAUUGCAAUCAUCCAGUACUGCAAUUUCUGCCAGCUGAGUUUCUGGAUGCGCUCAGUUCUGGCCACUGCAGCUGGAGUGUCUCUGCUUGCUGUACUCUACAGUGCCCCCAGCAGGCCAAGCAUCGGUUUUCCAGUGGCUGGGAACUUGAGUAACAACAGUAGUGACACAAGUUGGACAAGUAACUUGAAUCCCAAAGCUCUAGAUCUCCUGGUUCCUGAGACGCUCUUGUCAUUCUUCCUGCUGCUUCUUCUUGUGUGGUUCCUCAAUCGUGAGUUUGAGGUCAGCUACCGCCUACACUACCACGGCAACGUCGAGGCUGACAAGCACCGCGUCAAGUUCCAGACCAUGCGCGACCAGGCCGACUGGCUGCUGCGCAACAUCAUCCCGAUCCAUGUGGCCGAACAGCUGAAAGUCACGCAGAGCUACUCCAAGGACCACGACAACGUCGGUGUGAUCUUCGCCAGCAUUGUGAACUUCAGCGAGUUCUACGAGGAGAGCUUCGAGGGCGGUAAAGAGUGUUACCGAGUGUUGAACGAGCUCAUCGGCGACUUCGAUGAGAUGCUGCGUAAGCAGGCGUUCUCCAGCGUGGAGAAGAUCAAGACCAUCGGCGCCACCUACAUGGCAGCGUCGGGACUAAACGGACGACAGUGCCGCGAUCAGACACAUCCGCACGCUCACCUGCGCGCCCUUUUCGAAUUCGCGCUGGAGAUGAUGCGCGUAGUGGACGACUUCAACAAGAACAUGCUCGGCUUCCAGUUCAAGCUGCGCAUUGGCUUCAAUCAUGGACCGCUGACCGCCGGCGUCAUCGGCACCACCAAGCUGCUUUACGACAUCUGGGGCGACACGGUGAACAUCGCCAGCCGGAUGGACAGUACUGGUGUUGAGUGCCGCAUUCAGGUGAGUGAAGAGAGCCAUGCUGUGCUUAGUACGAUGGACUAUGCCUUUGAUUACCGUGGAACAGUUAACGUCAAAGGGAAGGGGCAGAUGAGGACCUUUCUGUACCCCAAACUUAAUGAGAGCGGGUCCAAACAAUCCUCCCAGCCUCCAAGCAAGGAAGUGAACCCCAACAAACUGCCCAACAAGGCGCUCGUCAUGGCACCCAGUACAACACCCACAUCAUCUUUUCCAGGCAAUCACAGUAAUUCCUCUUCUUCCCCCAGUGCCUGUCGAAACAGCUGUGGGGUGCCACAGGGACCUAGCGUACGCCCAUCUAAUUUGUCAGAAGAAUGGCACAAAGACACUUUCAGAGACCCUUUGCUCACAGGCGAGGCUUUGGAGAGUUCUCCUCCUGCACCAACUUUUGGUGGCGCGCAGCCACCUUCAAUAGCACAGAUUAGCACUCUGUUAGCCAAACCAGAGACACCUUUACGAGUGGUGGAAGAGGAAGAAGAGGAGGAGGAGGAGGAGGCAAAUGAACGCUCAAAACUCCGAGUGGGAGAGAGGCUUUAAUCUGCCCCGAAGCUGCUGAUCUUCACUAUAUUAUUUCACUGAGGUUCACCUCCUGAGGUGCCUUAAUAAUCAAUAUUAGAUGUAGGAGACCGAUCUGUUUGGUCUCGUACUUAAAGAACUCUAUAACAUUAAACUAAAGAAGGUUAUUGGGGGGGGGGUUCUGUGUGGAUCACAGUCUGGCACAAAAUGAAAGACAGGAAAAAGCUGAGCGGAGGGUUUUUACAUUUUCGAGGUUCUCAUUAAUUCAGUGGCAUGCUUUUUAUGUUCAUUAAAGUGCCUUUGGUAAAGAUGAGUACACGCACAUGAUCAGAUUACUACAUGAACAAAUCCGAGAUGAUGGAACAAUGCGAGCAUGCAGAUUUUAAAGACUAUGACAACGGACAAUUCUGUGGUUUUUCGAUUUAUUUUCCUAAUACAGUUUUGUUAAUAUAUUGCAGUUAUUUUUGCUGUACUCAUUUCUUAUUUUCAGAAUAGCGACACGUGACUUUAAGGAUGGGGAAAAAGUGCCAGUGGCUAGAAGCAAGCAGAAGUGUUGAAUCAUCGAUCAGGGGAAUUUAAUUUUAUUAGGUUAGAUUGUCACUCUUGGGCAAUCACUUCUUUCACAAAAAGUUGGAAGGAGUUUAGAAUUUGAACUUUUUUUUUUGCAAAUCUCAAAGCAAGGAGCAAGUCUAAGCACAGCAGUCCAACCAAGUUUUUGCAAAAUGCACAUGGAAACAUUUGAGGUGUUCCUGUCUGCUCUUUAAUCAGCUUGUUCACGUGGCCUGUGCUAGCGUCGCGAGAUAAUUACUAGCAAGGGGAUACAAGUGACGCACAGUGCAGUGAAAUACCUGAAACGCAGCCGAGCACUUUCCAGUAGGCGAGUGCUGAUGAUAUAGACAUUUUUAGUUUUCGUUUGCCUGCUUUUGUCACAGUUUGCAAUAUUGCCAUAUUGUAUUUUUUUAUUUUUUUUAAUUUCACUACAAAAAAUUUAUACCUCAGUUGGAGCACCAGUUCAGUCCACUAUUUUUUAUUUUUUUAUUUUUUCCAAAGUUAAAAGUAAAAUUUUUGCCACAUGUACUGAUACCAAUCGCAGAAUAUAAAUUUAUUCCGCAAUUAAGCACAUUAAGACAUUUUGAUGACCCAAGACUUUUACCGAUGUCAUUUUACACGUACGCUUCAACUCCUGUGAAGUCCUAUAAACUGCAAAACUCAAAUAAUCUGAGAUUACGUUGUUGCUGAUGAUGAGUAAACCCAGAGUGGUCCAACUGCUUCACCUUGAUUUAAAGAGACUGCGUGUUCGAGCACUGAGGGUGCCAUAAUAAUUGCGCGCACUCGAAUAAAAUCGUGUUCGUGUUUUUCAGAAGACGUUAAGAAAAACACCGGGCCUCGUUUAUCAAUCUUUGUGUGAAGAAAAGACGUGUGUAAAUAUCUUUGUCGGCCACACCGAACAAAUCGACGCAAGUUUUACAUGAAGCCACACCCAGAACACUCCACAGAGAGGCGAAAGCGUGCCUCCUAAACAUGGCGUGCUCCAAAUCUUCCUGUAAUGCGGCUCAGGCACUGCGGUAUAUUGGCUACCAUGGAUAGACACUCCUACACUCCUUUUAUGGGGCGCCAUUACUUUUGUCCUUAUUGAACAGCCAGUCUUACAAAUGCGCGAUCUGAACGUGGAAAUACAAGUCGUUGCCAGUUGUACGUUUUGAAGCCCAUCGAUCGAGGUUCAUAUUUGUGAGUCUUCUCGCGUGUAAAUUUACACAGCCAAGCUUUUGUAGGAUACAAACUUUUUUUAAGCAAGUUGAAUUUUCAUGAAAACCACGCGUCUUUUUUUUUUUUAUGCUCCUGUGAAUGAUUUGUGAAUUUAUUGGAUGGUAUUCAGCUUAUUAGUGAGGUCCGUUAUCACUGAUUGGCGUGGUUUUCUACAGGUAUGUGAAACUGGUUAACUUUUGUAUAUCAGAAGAGCCUGACUUUAUUUCUCGGUGCAGGCCGACUUGUGUAUCGAUUUUACGUUUGUGUAAAUGGAGUAUGGCCGCUUUUUUUAUUUCGCUUUAGCCCCUUGUCAGUGACGUCUCUGAGCUUCGAUGACGUUUCUCAUCACCUUACACCGCGCAGUGCUGUGCAGCAAUACAGUGAACCUCGAAUUCUUGACCUUUCAGCCCAACAGCACAAAAUAUCAUUUAAGGGAUUUCAGUAAAGGAAUCAUAAGGGAUCGUUGUUUGUUUGUUUGUUUGUUUGUUUGUUUGUUUUUUUCCCCCCCAACAGCGAAGCAUUUAGCCCAGUUAUUACUGUGAAUGAUUUGUACGUGUUCUAAAGCCCACUUUACACGGGGACGGUCUGAAACAAAACCGCAAAAGUCCGUUUUCGUUCUCGCUUUUUUCCGCGUCUACGCGACCGUUUUCAAGGAGGAAAUCUGCGUCUAUACGGUGACGCUUAAAUGUGUGGAAUUCAAUUGGAUGUGCAUGCCAGGCGGCUAGGUGGUGCUGUGAAAGACCUCCGCUAUGUCUGCACGCAUGCGCAACGUCUUCCGUCUUGUCUGAUCUGCACAUCUGCGCCGCGAAAACUUUGACUACUCUGGCUAUGGUACAGUAAAAAAGUAAGAGCAUACUAUACCCGCCUCUGUUCAUUAACGGUAUAUGUGCAGAUUCGGUAUAGAUGCUCGAAGGACUCCUGGACGUUUAUUAAAGCUGCCAGAGCAGCCUGAAGGUCCGUUGGAUCGAUGUAAUCAGACAUGCUCUUACUUUUUUACUUACUUUCUUACUUCCCGGGCUGGCAUGUACAGUAUAUGACGUGUAUGACGUAAACGCGUACCCGACGUGAGCAGAUCCGAGCAGAGUUUCGCGUAUUGGGUAGUUUAGACGGAUAUGCAACGGGGGCUGUUUUUAACUUAUCCACUCUGGAAGGCGUUUUCAAUUUUUUCCGUUUUUCAGCCUCGGAAACGCCGUCCCCGUGUAGACGAAAGGCACUUCCGAUAAAAUAUUUAGUCGUUUUUACCCGACAGCAUCCUCGUGUAAACGGGCCCUAAGAAGAGUUUUCUAUGAGUCCUUUUCUGAAGUAGACGAUGACAAAGCGCUUCGAUGUUUAUGUCGGACAUGCGCUGCCGUUCAAAAGUUUGGGGUCACCCAGACAAUUUUGUGUUUUCUAUGAAAAGUCACACUUUUAUUCACCACCAUAAGUUGUAAAAUGAAUAGAAAAUAUAGUCGAGCCAUUUUUCUGGCCAUUUUGAGCAUUUAAUCGACCCCACAAAUGUGAUGCUCCAGAAACUCAAUCUGCUCAAAGGAAGGUCAGUUUUAUAGCUUCUCUAAAGAGCUAAACUGUUUUCAGCUGUGCUAACAUGAUUGUACAAGGGUUUUCUAAUCAUCCAUUAGCCUUCUGAGGCAAUGAGCAAACACAUUGUACCAUUAGAACACUGGAGUGAGAGUUGCUGGAAAUGGGCCUCUAUACACCUAUGGAGAUAUUGCACCAAAAACCAGACAUUUGCAGCUAGAAUAGUCAUUUGCCACAUUAGCAACGUAUAGAGUGGAUUUCUGAUUAGUUUAAAGUGACCUUCGUUGAAAAGGACAGUGCUUUUCUUUCAAAAAUAAGGACAUUUCAAAGUGACCCCAAACUUUUGAACGGUAGUGUAGGACGUGUCCUGUUUGAGUGGGAUUGAUUUCUCAGAUCGUGCCAGUAGCGUUUGGUGUCUGCGCUCUCCCGUGGCUUUGAUUGGAACCUUUCUGCUGUAUCCGUGUUUCACGUCGUGCCAGAUUAUAAAAUGGGCUGCUCUCGUCGGUGGAGUAGAGUUUUCAUAUUUUCUUUCUUUCGUUUUUCCUUUCCUUUUUCCCCCCCCUCCCUCCCAAGUGUCAGAAAGAAAGUGGUGCGAAUCGUCGCUGUGCGGUUGAAUCAUACAAAAUGCUUUCCGACCGCAUUCUCUGAAUCUUCUUCUCUUCUCUCAGAUCUUUCUGUCAUUUUUCUGACUCUUCCGUCACUUCUGCUGCAUCCCCUCCCCCCGCCUCCUUUUCGAUCAGGCCACAAGGGAAUAAUUUUUUUUUUUUUUUUUUAAAUAGCAUUACGUUUCAGUCAUGUAGCAGAUUAAGAGCCGAGGAAGUCGUGUAUUUGUGUUGUCGCAUUUGUUCUUUAGCACAGCGUCUUACGAGCGAGGCGGAAUCCAGGCCGAGCUUGAGCAGUUGAAGGUUAAAGGACUUGCUCAAGGGCUAAACGUGCAAUCGUUGUGCGCUUUAAAACCACAGAAGGGUUCUCUGCCAUCACCAAAAAUAAAAAUCUGCUGGUCUGGAAACAGGAACGUCGGAGGUCGGUUGCCAUGACAACUGCACAACCCAAUCUCGAGCUAACUACCAUUUGAGAAAGUGUGAAAAAGUGCACAGGGCUUUUGAAGGUUAUUAGAAGAUUAUUCCGAGACACGCCUUACAGUUGCUGCCUCCUGCAGAUUUCGAAGUAUGAAAUAAAACGCACUGCGAGCAACAUGCACUUUUUACACUUUUAAUUCAGUUUUAAUGUUGUGGAAUGUCCACGAAACAAUUUAGUUCCCGUUCUCACUUGCAUCACAGCAGCUGCGAUCGUUCAUUCCAUCACUUUCUUGUGCGACAGGAAGCGCUUUACCUCUGACCGUUUCAGAGUGCCGACACUGGAGACUCUGCACGUAAAUGUCUCUCUGCAGAAAACUUCACAUCAAUAAUUCAACGUGUUUUUUUUAUUUUUUUUUUAUUUUGUUAAAUAGCAGCACAGUUUCAAAAUCUGUCACAGUCUCGGUUCUACUCUCCGAUCAGCGGUUCUUCGAAAGCUUCGCAUGUUCCUCGGUCCAGCAGCAGAUCCGUGAUGUUCAGCUUUCUGGCAGUUCUGGGAUUCAAACCCACAUCCUUCUGUAAUGACAAUAAACUCAUUAUAUUUUGUUUCGUAGAAGAUCCUGAGACUUUCCCCAUCUUUCCUUCUUCUCUGAAACUGAUCCAGUGCCUUUUUUUUUUUUUUCCUCCCCUCGAGCACUUUUCUCAUAAAUGAAAUAAUUCUCCCGUAUCGCAAGACCUUUUUAUUGUGCGUUUAAAUUCCAGCUACAUGGAAAUAAACAGAUAAAGCUCAACACUGUGUAUACUGAUAUGGAAGUAACUUGGGAUGGAUAAGGGAUUUCUUUCUUUUCUUUUUAAAUCAAGUUAUUGUAUUGUAUGGUGCACUGCUUUUCGACCAUGCCACACAAGUCUGAGUCACUCCAGAUGUUAUGUAUCACACCAUCAGCAAGAAAAUGAAAAAGGGAAAAAAAACCAGUGAAAACUGACAGUAUUUAAACUUUAUUACUCACUCAUGCCUAGCUGUGUUUUUGUUUGCUUUUUUUUUUUUGAAGUACCAAAAUAUGAAUUCGUGUGAUGUUGAAUGGAAUAGUUUGAAUGUUUGUUGCACCGUUUUCACUCCACCUCUCUCACACCCAUGAGCACUUGUGACCGCCCUGAUAUUCUGGAGAAACUAAAGGGAAUAAAUUCGAGGUUGUGUUCCAGUUCUAGUUUCACUCCACCAUCGCUGACUUGAACCCUUUUUUAAAAUCUUGACCUCCGACCUGAAAUGGAGUUGAUCAGCAAUUUCCGAUGACUGAAGUUUGCGUCUUUGAAGUAAAGGAAGUAGAAACACUGUCCAAGCUUAUAAACUGACACGCACAUGAUUCCACCUUCAAGCUUUAGGCCACGAACGCCAUCAGAGCCUGAUGCUGGUGUGGAGACGCAUCAAACUACGUGUUGAAGAAGAGCUUGAACGUUUUUAGUUCCGUUGCGUGAUUUUGUCCAUUUUUUUUUAUAGAUAAGUAACGUUCAGUGAUGAGGUUUUUAUCCCCUGCUGGCCGAAAGGCCCGAAGGGGGAUCGUGUCGUGGCGAUGUCUGUCCGUCUCGGGAAGUGUGCUCACCUUCUGAAAUCAACUCCUCCUCUCGCAAUUUUUGGAGGAAUUUCACUAAACUUGGCAGGAUUCUUUGUUAUAUGACAGUAAUACGCAUAUUGUAAUUUCGUUAACGUCGGUCGCAUUUUACCAGCGUUACAGCUCUUGAUUAACAAAAUUAUACUUUGACAAUUUCCUGAAGGUGUGCUCGCCUUCUGACAUCAACUCCUCUCACAAUUUUCGGACGAAUUUGUCGAAGCUUGGCAAAAGGCCUUGUUAUAUGACGGUAAUACGCAGAUUGCGAUUUAAUUUCGUUUGUGAAAAUUUUCCCAGAGUUUUGACCCUUGAUUAAAUAACUCGUACUUUGACAAUUUCAUGAGGGUGGACGUUCUUCUGAAAUCAACUCCUCUCACAAUUUGUGGAGGAAUUUCACCAAAUUUGGCAAAAGGCUUUGUUAUAUGACAGUUAUACGUAGAUUGAAAUUUUGUUUAAUUUGGGCAAAUUUUCCCCGAGUUAUCUCCUUGAUUAUUAACCAACAUGUACUUUGGCAAUUUCAUCAAGGUGUGCUUGCUUUCUGAAAUCAACUUCCCUCACAAUUUUUAUCCCCCACUGGCCGAACGGCGCAAAGGGGGAUUAUGUCGUGGCGAUAUCCGUCCCGGGAAGUGUGCUUACCUUCUGAAAUCAAUUCCUCUCGCAAUUUUUGGAGGAAUUUCACGAAACUUGGCAGGAUUCUUUGUUAUAGUUCUGUAAUACACAGAUUUUAACUUUGUUCAGUUCAGUUACAUUUUACCAGAGUUACAGCCGAGUUGCCAGCCGGGGAUAUUGUGCUCUCGGAGCACUCUAGUGUGUCAUGUUGAGGGCUGAGGGAUUGAGUCAGGAUCAGUGCUGACUUUAGAAACAUUGUGAUGACGGAUGAAGACUGCUCACAAGAAAAUGCUUUCAUGCCGUUUUCUGUAGGCAUUACAUUGGCGAACGCGUUGACUUUUUGUUAUUGUCAUGUCUCUGGCAACUCAGAAAAUCAGGGUUGGUUGGAAAAGAAAGAAAAAAAAAAGUUGCGUAAUCCAGAGUGAUUUAGUACGACAUUGUUGUGGCACUUCCCUCAACAGCAAGAGUCCGUCGUCCCAUCCUCUUGCUUUUUUCAUUUGGCUUCCAAAACCAAACUCGGUGAGAUAAAAUGGAUACAUCUUCGACUGAAGACUAGUUUUCUGCAUCACUGUAAUAAGAAGUCAAAAUCAUAAAUCCGACGUCGAAACCGUAAAACUGUCGGCACAUUUGAUUUAAGCUUUGUUUGCGUUUUAUGGCACUGACAACUUUUUUUUUUCCCCCCCCCAUGAUUUCACAGGUAAACUAACAAUCAUCCUAGCUAGUUAUCUACGAACAUGUACAUGGGUUGAAGUAAUUUCAUUGUUCUUGUGAACAUUUCUGUUCACGUCACUCCUUUUUCUCAAGCUACUCGUGCGAUCUCGGGGCAGCCAGCGAUGGUGUAACCAGAAACAAGUAUUGGAACACGGCAUACAUGCCAAAUUGUAAUGAUCACUGAUAAGAGGAGAAGUAGCGAGCGAGCGAGCAAAAAAACUGAGAAGAUGUCUAUGUUUUAAGAAAAUAAUCACUCCCGUCGAUGAGUCUAAAUGGAACAUGAGCAUUAUGAUGAUUCAUUUAAUCCAGAGGAGAGAAAUGUGUAGAAAAAUCGUGCCUUUAUGUUGGAAGCUGAUUAUUUCGCUGAAGAUGAAAAUGUGUGCAAAGCGAUGGAUGAGGUUUUGGCGUGGUACCAAAGGUGAAAAAACAAAAACAAACACGUGCCAUCUACCUUUUUUUUAAUGAGUGUUAUAUAUUUGCCAUAUGGGAGGAUGUUUUUAUGUAAACCAAAGAGAUCUGAGAAAUUUAUUUUGCCUUCAAUGUUUUUGUGUGUGUAGUAUACAUCACCAUGUUUGAAUAUGAUUUUAUUAUUAUUUUUCUGUGCACAUUAUACAUUUAAUCCAUACGUGAGCAUAAUCUGUAUACAUUUGCACAAUUCACUUUGUAUGUACAUAUCCAUAUGUAUUAAUGUUGUUGGUUUUUUUUGGGGGGGGGGGUUGUUUUCUUUUUGAAAAUUUCAAGAUUGAAAGUAACGUGCAUGUGCCAGAUUUGGAGAGCAGGAAAAAAAAGAUGGAGAAAAAAGAAAAAAAAAAGCUAUUGUCACUGGUG